AUGUCGCUGAAAGAACUACAGUUGCCACCGCUUUUACACUCUGAAAGGCAACAGAGGAGGCAGAGACACAAUUCUAGCAGGAUAUCUAAGUCAAAGUUGAUAAAAACCAAUGCGUGGGAAACCUCUGGUAACCUUUCAUCCCGGCCUGCUGAAGUUCCCAAUCAAAUUGUCCAAAAGCCCAGAGAAAUAAAACAUCAUGGCCAUGGAUCUCUUUCCAAGCCUUGUUUCUUGGAGCAACUGGAGUCUCACCUGAAGAGAGAAUUAGAAGCUUUAGACACACAUGGCCUCAAAGUCCAAGAGCUCAGACUGCAGGUUUUCCAGGAGGUGUUUGGCUAUUUAAUCGAAGAAUUUAAAACCUAUAAGCCUAUUUUGUCUGCCAUCAAAAAUGAGUAUGACGUCACAUUAGCGCAUCUUCGUGAACAGAUCAGGGAUCUGCUACCACUGCGGGGGAAGCUGGUGCUUGUGUCGGAACAGUGUGAAAAGAAGAUUCUUGAUCAGAGAGUACAGGAAAGAGAUGAGAUCCGAGCUCUGAAGCAAGAGUGUCAGCGUCUGCAGCGUGUCAUUGAGAGUAUGAGAGGACAACAGACUGCUCUGCAGAUUCAGGUUGAUCAUCUAAAAGAGGAUCUGGCCACCCAAUAUCAGCUAUACAGAGAUGAACGUGAUGCAAGAAAACUGGUCAUCACCAGAAUCAGCACAAUGCAGUCUACCCAAGAUACUGAACAUGAUGAUAAUAAUGAAGAGGAUGAAUCUGAGGAUCCUGUGGUGGUGAAAAUGGCUUUGCAGGUGUGUAAAGAGGAUCUCACCAAAAGUCAAGUUGAGCUUAACCACCUGCAAGCCGAAUACAGUGAUGUGGUCCCACGAAGAGACUGGGAUAACCUGAAUCAUAUGCAUGAGGAGACUUUAAUGAAGCUGGAAACCUUACAGGCAGACUUUGACCCGUUAAAGUCCGAGUAUGACACACUGCUUGAGGUUCAUCGUCAGUCAACACCUGCUGUGUUACACUCCAAUCAGUCUGUGCUGCAACAUGGCUCAGAUAACAAACACAUUGUUGCAACUCCCAGACCAAACUGGGAACAAUGUUCAGGAGGCAGUGAGCGAUAUUUUGUGGCACACUUGCUCAAGGUUUUAAUUCAAAGUGACACAACACAAUGCGGAUCACUAACUGUCUUAGAAUUUAGUGAGGCAUUGAAGAAGGCUUUCCCUCUGAAGUCAGAUCAGGACAUAGAGGAGCUGUUGGGGGUGGCUCAGACAGAGCUGAGGAGUAAUGGAGUGUGCAUUGCUUAUCAGACACUUUAUACAGAGGACACAGAUGGAAGACACAAAGAGUUCCUGAGUCUAGUUAAAAAACAAGCUACUUCUGAGAGACUGCAGUACAUCAGCGAGCUGAGAGUGCAGCUGGAAGGCAAAGAGGAAAUGGAUGCAGAGCACCUCAGGGCUGCCUUCAAGACUAUCGAUCCCUCACUGGAUUCUGAAACUCUGGACUGGAAUAUCAGUGUAGCUUUUCAGACAAAGGAGUGUGAAUUACAAGCCCCAGCUUUGAACACAGAGGUUGUGCUACAGCGUCUCUCUGUGGCUAAUGUAAAAAGGGCAGGGCCAAAGUGAUGACCAUUUGUUACAAGCACAUUUCCAAUCUUUUUAUAGCACACUACACAUAUAAACCAAGCACAGCACUAGGAUAUAGAAACACCUCUGUAUGAAUAGUUUGCAUAUUGUUAUGUAAUUAGAUAAAUCACAUAUCAAGAAUGACACAAUAAUUAAAUAAUUAAAAAAAUUGUUUAAAUAGCCUCAUGUCUCU